AUGUACGAAGAUAUUGUUGUGAAACAAAAUAAUUAUCGCUUGAAUUAUAAAUUAAAAAUAUAUGGUAUUACCGGCGAUUGUCCAGCAUUAAAAUUAAUAUUAAAUUUUAUUGGUCAUGGUGGUUAUUGUUGUUGUUGGUUUUGUUAUCUAAAAGGUGAACAUAUUGGUAAUAAACGCCAAUAUUAUCAUCAACAACAAUUAGUAAUGCGUGGUACAAAACAAUAUUCAGAAGAAUCUGUUAAAGCUGAACAAAAACAAACAAAUAUUUAUGGUCACUUAGGUAAAAGUAUAUUAGAAAAUUUAUUAGAUGUACCAUUACCACAAGCCAUUAUUAUUGACUAUUUACAUGUCACAUUACUUGGACUUGCAAAAACAAUCAUUUUGUCUAUUUAUCAUCAAUUAAUACCGAUUCAACGUACGCAGUUAGAUGAACAAUUGAAACAACAGCAAUUUCCUCAUUUUUUCAAUAGAAAAAUGAGAGCUGUAUCGAACUUUGCUUAUGUCAAAGCAACAGAAUUACGAAACAUGUUAUUUUAUGGUAUAUUACCAAAUUUAGAACCAUUUUUAUCAAAUCAACAAUUAUCACAUUUAUCAUUAUUUAUUUGUGCCAUUCGUUUAUUACAUAGUCAACCAACAUUUGGUAAGGCAACAAGUCAAAUUGCUGAUCAAUUAUUUAAUCAAUUCUAUAGAGACCAUAAUUUAUAUUAUACGGGUUUACAAAAUUUUGUAUUACAUUUACACGCACAUUAUUCGUAA